GGGAAACUUAGUAUGACGUCACUUGGCCUAUAUAGGGGUGGAACUUUACGCAACAUCUUGCAAUACGGUACUCCCCUUAGACACUUGCGGGUGUUUUGCUACUUCUUAGCGCUUUAAGGAUAUAAAGUUGGGACCUCCCGUUUUAUUCUUCUAAACAUGAGCGGUUAUCCUCCUCCGUACCAACAGUACCCGCCCGGACCUCCGCCGCCCGGAGGAUGCUAUCCUCCCGGAAGCAAUCCCGGCGGCUACUAUCCGCCUCCCGGUCCUCCUCCGCCGGGAGUCUAUCCGCCUCAGGUUCCUCCCGGCGGAGCUUAUCCUCCGCCCGGUCAACCUGCCGUCACCACCGUCAGAGUCGUAGAAGAGAAGAAAGACAACGACUGUGCUCGAGACUGCUGUUUGUGUGCUCUUUGCAUGGCCCUUUGUUGUUUCUGUUGCAGUGAUUGAAGACGUCUAAUUUUUAAGUGAGUUCGAAAUCAAACUUGAACCGAAGUGCCUUUUUGUGUUGUAUAGGAACGACCCGUAAUACUUUGUAAUAUGUAUAUUGGAAACUAUUUUUGCAUUCCAGGAAGAUCAGUUGUGGAUUUUAAUAUUGUAUAUUUAAAAGUUAUUUAAUCAUUGUUUAUGGAUUAUACGUAAUUUUGUUAAAGAUUUUAUAUCUGCAUAUGUUGUCACCAAUAUAAAACUACAAGGCAACAGUAUACAGUAUAGGGGAACCAAUUAUGUAAAAUAAAUUUUUAUUUAAUUGAUUUAAUUUAGAACUUUUGUAUGUGUAACUCAAUUUUUAUAGAAAUCUAGAAACUGCAUUUAACUUUUUUUUUACUUUUUAUUUGCUAAAAUCUUAAUUUUUAACACUACUGAAUAAAACAGUUUCCAAACUACUGUCAGUUUAUACAUUAAAACAUUCCCCCCUCUAUGAAGUGAAUGAAUGCAAAUAAAGUAACUUUCUAAUGGC